AUGGCGCUUGCGUGGUGUGUGCCCGCCCUGUGUUCACUGGCGGGCAUCUGCGUUCUCGCUGUGUUCAGUGAAUGUGGGAAGAAGAAAGGGGGGCUGUGCCCAAGGGGCACGGUCUCCAGAGAAGCCUCUUCCCCAUUCUGCCUGCAGGCUCUCCUCCUGCACACAGUUCCCUUUGCCUUUCUCAUCGUCUCUCUUCAGUGUCAGAGGUUCUGUCUGAGAUACAAACUGCUCCUGAGGACUUGGGAUUUGGGAGCCCUGGCACUCCCCGGGCCUGAAGUUCCAACAGAGGAAAGGCUGAGCAGCUGCCACCAGAGGGCGCCCUUCCCUUCCUCCCUGCGGCCGGACCGCUCCGCCGCCUGCCUCACUUCCCAGGAUUGGACAGGUAGUUCACGACUGACUGUUCCAGCUCUUCCUGUUUCGGGACCUGCCGGCUCGAGUGCAAACAUAGCCAAGUUCAAGAGCCACACCACGUGCAACCAGUUCCGAAAAUGGCACAGAAAUGGCAUCAAGAAACCCCAAUCACAAAGAUACAAAACUGUUAGGGAUGGGCCCCAGGUUCCUGAAGAUGAACACACACUUGCCGAGAAGCGCAACAAGAAGGGCCUGAAGAAGGCGCAGGCCAACGACGCCAAGGCCAUGAACGCAAGUGCAAGUGCCGGGGCCAUCAAGUCCCUUGUAAAGCCCAAGGAAGUCAAGUCCCAAAAUCCCAAAGGGCAACAGCCGCAAGCUCAAUCAGCUUGCCUACAUCACUCCCUGGGAGUUUGCGAAACGCGCCUGUGUCGCAUCGCCAGGGGUCUCAGGCUCUAUACCCAAAGUCCAAGGCCAAGGCUCCAGCUGCAGCUCUGGCUCAGGCUCCCAUAGGUGCCCAGGGCCCCACGAAGACUCCAAAGUAGAGGCCUCU